GGGACCACAGCACAGCACCAAGUUAGCUGUGUGACACCCUAAACUUCACUGUAAAAGUAAAAACUGUAUAGUCGUGUACAUUUCAAGUUUACGAGACAAAGGUCUGGUAUUUUCUUAAUAUUUAUUGAGUUUUGCUUUUAUAGAUAGUUUCUCUCUUCAAACCAUUGGACUCCUUAUACAACCAAAACAAGAUUGCUUGCGGACUACCGCUAUUCUUUUGAAAACUUCGCUGAAACAUACAACAGAUUCUGAUAACAUUUCGGAUUGUUUUCUCAUUUUGUUUAAACUAACAUUGUUUCAGUAUCGGUGAUUGCUGUGUGUGGGAAAGUGCACUUAGCAUACUUCACUGCGCUCCAUGUGAGUUGUGCCAACGCCUUUUUUCUCUUACUCGGUUCAUUUCAGCCGCUGGAGAAGUCGCUGGCUGUAAUUUUAAUCGGUUUUCAAACUGAGAGCUUGCUUUUAAUAAUCAGGUGUCUUAACUAGACACACUUACUGUUAUUCAAAAUGGGAUGCACAUUGAGUGCUGAGGACAAAGCCGCAGUGGAGAGGAGUAAAAUGAUCGAUCGAAAUUUGAGAGAAGACGGAGAAAAAGCAUCCAGAGAAGUCAAACUGCUGCUUCUUGGUGCUGGAGAGUCGGGGAAAAGCACGAUUGUAAAGCAGAUGAAAAUCAUCCAUGAAGAUGGCUACUCGGAGGAGGAGUGCCGACAGUACAAAGUGGUGGUUUACAGCAACACCAUCCAGUCCAUCAUCGCCAUCAUCCGUGCCAUGGGCCGUCUGAAGAUCGACUUUGGAGAGCCGACCAGAGCAGAUGAUGCCCGGCAGCUCUUCGUGCUGGCUGGCACAGCGGAGGAGGGCCUGAUGACAGCGGAGCUGGCGGGGGUCAUCGGCAGACUGUGGAGGGAUGCUGGGGUGCAGAGCUGCUUCAGCAGGUCCAGGGAGUACCAGCUCAACGACUCCGCCUCCUAUUAUCUGAACGACUUGGACAGGAUAUCCCAGCCAGGCUACAUCCCCACACAGCAGGAUGUCCUCCGCACUCGGGUCAAGACCACUGGCAUCGUGGAGACACACUUCACCUUCAAGGAGCUUUACUUCAAGAUGUUUGACGUGGGCGGCCAGCGCUCGGAGAGGAAGAAGUGGAUACACUGCUUUGAGGGCGUCACGGCGAUCAUCUUCUGUGUGGCGCUGAGUGACUAUGACCUCGUUCUGGCAGAGGAUGAGGAAAUGAAUCGCAUGCAUGAGAGCAUGAAAUUGUUUGACAGCAUCUGCAACAACAAGUGGUUCACCGACACCUCCAUCAUCUUGUUCCUCAACAAGAAAGACCUGUUUGAGGAGAAGAUUCAGAGGAGUCACCUGACCAUAUGCUAUCCCGAGUACUCAGGAUCAAACACAUACGAGGAGGCGGCAGCCUACAUCCAGUGCCAGUUUGAGGACCUGAACAGGCGGAAGGACACUAAGGAGAUCUACACGCAUUUCACCUGCGCCACCGACACAAAGAACGUCCAGUUUGUCUUUGAUGCUGUCACAGAUGUCAUCAUCAAGAACAACCUGAAAGAGUGUGGACUGUACUGAGGCUCCGAGGCACUGCGCACAGGUCACUGCUCACUGAAGCAUAGCUAAUUGGAUACUCACCACUGGGACUGACCAUGGAGGAUGGCUCUGGCCUUACGAAGUUGGAACGCAUGGCAAUGGUGGUCACACUGUGUGCAGAGUUGUUAAAUACUCCACUGCCAGUUUCUGGAUUUUUUGUUUUUUUGCUAAACAAGUAUCAAUGUAACUGCUAAAGUUGAGUGGGACAGGUGUGUGUAAAUAUGAUAUAAUCUCUCAGUGAGAGUUUUGCCACUAGUAUUACUAGAUGUCCUGGGAAAGAGUGCUGCAUUCACCAGGUCAGUACUAAAACCAGCAGGGAGGAACAUGCAUUCUUUCACCAGCAUUUUAGAAGCACAUCUUAAUUCAAAUGUACAGCCUCUUUUAGUCUGCUUAACAAACCCUGUUCAGAGAUUCAGAGAUUCUCUUCACUUUGCACAAUGACCAAAAUGUAAAUCUGAUUUUUGUGUAUUGAUGUUGGGUUCACUCUGACAGUGGAUCCGUACUGGAGCAGUGGUUCUUGUUUCCAGUCACAAUUUAUUUUCCAUUCUUUAUUUUCUUCACAGCAUUCCCAAGGUUUUGCAGCCUUUUCCCCGAGUGUAACAUCCUUGGCCUCCCGUAAAUAUUCAGUAGAUUUCUGCCAUGAAUU